CAUUUAAAAAUGGCAAAUAAAUAUUGGUAUAAACAACUAACAGAAAAUAAUAUUAAUUAUAAAUUGUUCUCUCGACAAAAUCAAUCUGUUUUCAUUCGUGAUGAUUCAUAUCAAUUGAAUGCAAUGGAAGUACAUCAAGAUUUAAACAGUCCAUAUAUAUUAUGGCUAAAAACCCCUAAAGGCAUGGAUCCUGAUUUAGAAAGUGAAGACAAA